AUGAAAGGGGGCAAAAGUAUCAGAAGAUACUAUGAUAUCGUCAAAGAGAUUAUAGAAGCGGACAAGAGUUCCAAGUUUGAAAAGUUGUGUCAUUCUUUGCCACAGGGUAGUAAGCAGGAGAAUAAGAUCAGAAAUAUUUUGGUUUUGAGAGAAUUGGGUGUGCCUCAAAGGUUGUUAUUCUCAUUGCUCAUCUCUAAUCACCAUGUCUGCUGUGGAAAAGAAAAGUUUGAAGAAUCACUCAAGAAGGUUGUUGGGAUGGGUUUUGAUCCCACCACCCCAAAGUUUGUGGAAGCUUUAUGCAUUGUUUACGGAUUGAGCGAGAAAAGACUAGAAGAACACUUCAAUGUCUAUAAAAGGUUUGGCUUAACUGUUAGCGAUAUAUGGCAACUUUUCAAGAAGUGUCCUGCCUUUCUUGGAUACUCAGAGAAUAGGAUAUUUCAGACAUUUGAUACCUUAAAGAAGUGUGGUCUGUGCGAAGAUGAGGUCUUGUUAGUGGUCAAGAAGAAUCCACUAUGCUUACGUGCUUCAGAGCAGCAGAUAUUGAACUCCUUGGAAACAUUUAUAGGCUUAGGAUUCAGCAGAGAUGAGUAUGUGAUGAUGGUCAAGUGCUUUCCUCAGUGCAUUGGUUAUUCUGCAGAGAUGGUGAAGAAGAAGACUGAGUUUGUGGUAAAGAAGAUGAAUUGGCCACUAAAGGACAUGACUUUGUUCCCUCAGAAGAAAACACUUGCUCCUAAGCUUAAGUUUUUGCAGUCAAGAGGAGCUUCAAGCUCUGAGCUCACUGAGAUUGUUUCAAAAGUUCCUAAAAUCUUGGGAAUGAAAGGGGGCAAAAGUAUCAGAAGAUACUAUGAUAUCGUCAAAGAGAUUAUAGAAGCGGACAAGAGUUCCAAGUUUGAAAAGUUGUGUCAUUCUUUGCCACAGGGUAGUAAGCAGGAGAAUAAGAUCAGAAAUAUUUUGGUUUUGAGAGAAUUGGGUGUGCCUCAAAGGUUGUUAUUCUCAUUGCUCAUCUCUAAUCACCAUGUCUGCUGUGGAAAAGAAAAGUUUGAAGAAUCACUCAAGAAGGUUGUUGGGAUGGGUUUUGAUCCCACCACCCCAAAGUUUGUGGAAGCUUUAUGCAUUGUUUACGGAUUGAGCGAGAAAAGACUAGAAGAACACUUCAAUGUCUAUAAAAGGUUUGGCUUAACUGUUAGCGAUAUAUGGCAACUUUUCAAGAAGUGUCCUGCCUUUCUUGGAUACUCAGAGAAUAGGAUAUUUCAGACAUUUGAUACCUUAAAGAAGUGUGGUCUGUGCGAAGAUGAGGUCUUGUUAGUGUUCAAGAAGAAUCCACUAUGCUUACGUGCUUCAGAGCAGCAGAUAUUGAACUCCUUGGAAACAUUUAUAGGCUUAGGAUUCAGCAGAGAUGAGUAUGUGAUGAUGGUCAAGUGCUUUCCUCAGUGCAUUGGUUAUUCUGCAGAGAUGGUGAAGAAGAAGACUGAGUUUGUGGUAAAGAAGAUGAAUUGGCCACUAAAGGACAUGACUUUGUUCCCUCAGGUACUUGGUUACAGCAUGGAGAAAAGGAUUGUACCUAGGUGCAACGUUGUGAAAGCUCUCAUGUCUAAAGGAUCACUUGGAAGUGAACUCCCUCCAAUGGCUUCUGUUUUGGCAUGUACCGAUCAAGCUUUCUUAAACAGGUACGUGGUGAAGCAUGAUGAUAAGCAGUUACCUGUACAAUACAAAGAAGACACCUAUAAAACAAACAAGCCAAGAGGAAAGGGGGAAAAACUAUCAGGGAAUCUACCCAUCUACACACACACACAGAGGCAAGCAUAUCUCUGA